AUGUCUGCACCCGUGGUGGACGCCGAGUACAUGGCCGAGAUUGAGAGGGCGCAGCGGGACCUCCGCGCCCUCAUCUCCAGCAAGAACUGCGCGCCCAUCAUGCUCCGCCUCGCAUGGCAUGACGCCGGCACUUACGACGCCAAGACCAACACUGGAGGCCCCAACGGCUCCAUAAGGUUCCCACAGGAGUAUAGCCACUCUUCGAAUGCACUCGCCGGAGUCGUCGCCGUCGAAGUUACUGGUGGACCAACCAUUGAUUUCGUUCCUGGCAGAAAGGUGAUAGUACUGUACAAGUGGCAACCGCAACGCACCUUCGAUGUUUUUGGACGGACGUCCCAAAUUCAGCUCUUCUGCAUUACUGAACAAUUUUCAAUUCUUCUUGCUCUUGUUAUCUGUCACAAGGGGAGAGCACAUCCAGAGAGGACAGGAUUUGAUGGCCCAUGGACUAAGGAACCUCUGAAAUUUGACAACUCUUAUUUCGUUGAGCUUCUGAAAGGCGACUCUGAAGGGCUCUUGAAACUCCCGACUGACAAGGUUCUUGUGGAAGAUCCUGAAUUCCGUCAGUAUGUCGAACUAUAUGCCAAGGAUGAAGAAGCUUUCUUUAGGGACUACGCAGAGUCACACAAGAAACUCUCAGAGCUAGGCUUCACACCGCCUCGCUCUUCUUUCACUUGCAAAUCCGGAAAUAAACAAAAGUCCUUGCUGGUGCAAGCUGCAGCUGGGGUCGCAGUUGCUGCUGCAGUUGUCUCAUGGGCGUACCUGUGCGAAUCCAACAAGAAGUUCAUCUAA